CAGUUCUGUGUGGUUCUCCACCCCCACCCCCCCAGCUGAGUGGAGGAGUUGAUAUGUCUCAUUAUAACAGCCAAUGCAGCCGCCAUCCACGCACAAGCAAAGAAGCAUGUCCCAUUUAAAUACACCCACGCAGCCCCAGCGCCCUUAGCCGAUCAGGGCGCGCAGCCCACACGCACCGCGGCUCCGGGCUUGGAGAUCCGCGCAGGUCGGGCUCCGGGAUCCCGCGGAGACCCUGCAGGGAUCUUUGAGUUGGUGGAACUUGUCGGAAAUGGGACGUAUGGUCAAGUGUAUAAGGGACGUCAUGUCAAAACAGGACAACUUGCAGCCAUUAAGGUUAUGGAUGUCACAGGGGAUGAAGAGGAAGAAAUCAAACAAGAAAUUAACAUGUUGAAGAAAUAUUCUCAUCACAGGAACAUUGCAACAUACUACGGUGCUUUCAUCAAGAAGAACCCUCCAGGCAUGGAUGACCAACUAUGGUUGGUGAUGGAGUUCUGUGGUGCUGGCUCAGUCACUGACCUGAUCAAGAACACAAAAGGCAACACGCUGAAAGAAGAGUGGAUCGCAUACAUCUGCAGGGAGAUCUUACGGGGCCUGAGUCACCUGCACCAGCACAAAGUGAUUCACCGAGAUAUUAAAGGGCAGAACGUCUUGCUGACUGAAAACGCAGAGGUUAAGCUAGUGGACUUCGGAGUGAGUGCCCAGCUUGACCGAACGGUGGGCAGGAGGAACACAUUCAUUGGGACCCCCUACUGGAUGGCACCAGAAGUCAUUGCCUGUGAUGAGAACCCGGAUGCCACGUAUGAUUUCAAGAGUGACUUGUGGUCUUUGGGAAUCACCGCCAUUGAGAUGGCAGAAGGUGCACCCCGUCAAAAAAAUUCCAGUCAUUUAUUGAGAGCUGCUUGGUGAAGAAUCACAGCCAGCGACCAGCCACAGAACAACUGAUGAAGCAUCCAUUUAUACGAGACCAACCUAAUGAGAGACAGGUCCGCAUUCAGCUCAAGGACCAUAUUGACAGGACAAAGAAGAAGCGAGGAGAAAAGGACGAGACUGAGUAUGAAUACAGUGGAAGUGAGGAGGAAGAGGAAGAGAACGACUCCGGGGAACCCAGCUCCAUUCUCAACCUACCAGGAGAGUCAACACUGCGGCGGGACUUCCUGAGACUACAGCUGGCCAACAAGGAGCGCUCAGAGGCCCUGCGGCGACAACAACUGGAGCAGCAGCAGCGGGAGAAUGAGGAACACAAGAGGCAGCUACUGGCUGAGCGCCAGAAGCGCAUUGAGGAGCAGAAAGAGCAGAGACGGAGGCUGGAGGAGCAACAAAGGCGGGAGAAGGAGCUUCGGAAGCAGCAGGAGCGGGAACAGCGUCGACACUAUGAAGAGCAGAUGCGCCGGGAGGAGGAGAGGAGGCGCGCAGAGCACGAGCAGGAAUAUAAGCGCAAACAACUGGAAGAGCAGAGGCAAGCAGAAAGACUCCAGCGGCAGCUAAAGCAAGAAAGAGACUAUCUGGUUUCCCUCCAGCAUCAGCGACAGGAGCAGAGGCCCCUGGAGAAGAAGCCCCUGUACCAUUACAAGGAGGGCAUGAGUCCCAGCGAGAAGCCGGCGUGGGCCAAAGAGGUAGAAGAGCGCUCAAGACUAAACCGACAGAGUUCACCUGCCAUGCCUCACAAGGUUGCCAACAGGAUCUCUGACCCCAACCUGCCCCCAAGAUCGGAGUCCUUCAGCAUUAGUGGGGUUCAGCCUGCUCGGACACCACCAAUGCUCAGACCUGUUGACCCUCAGAUCCCGCAGCUGGUAGCUGUCAAAUCCCAGGGACCUGCCUUGACCGUCUCCCAGUCAGUGCACGAGCAACCCACAAAGGGCCUGUCUGGGUUCCAGGAGGCUCUGAAUGUGACCUCUCACAGGGUAGAAAUGCCACGCCAGAACUCAGAUCCCACCUCGGAAAAUCCUCCUCUCCCCACUCGCAUUGAAAAGUUCGACCGAAGCUCUUGGUUACGACAGGAAGAAGAUAUUCCACCAAAGGUGCCUCAAAGAACAACUUCUAUAUCCCCAGCAUUAGCCAGGAAGAAUUCCCCUGGGAAUGGCAGUGCUCUGGGCCCCAGACUUGGAUCUCAACCUAUCAGAGCAAGCAAUCCUGACCUCCGCAGAACAGAGCCCGUACUGGAGAGUCCCUUGCAGAGGACCAGCAGUGGCAGUUCCUCCAGCUCCAGCACUCCCAGCUCCCAGCCUAGCUCCCAAGGAGGCUCUCAGCCUGGGUCACAAGCAGGAUCUAGUGAACGAACCAGAGUUCGGGCCAACAGUAAGUCCGAAGGAUCACCUGUGCUCCCCCAUGAGCCUUCCAAGGUGAAACCCGAAGAAUCAAGAGACAUCACCAGGCCUAGUCGACCAGCUGAUUUGACGGCAUUAGCCAAAGAAUUAAGAGAACUCCGGAUUGAAGAAACAAAUCGCCCACUGAAGAAAGUGACUGAUUACUCCUCCUCCAGCGAGGAAUCAGAGAGUAGUGAGGAAGAAGAAGAAGAUGGGGAGAGUGAGACACACGAUGGGACAGUGGCUGUCAGUGACAUCCCCAGACUGAUACCAACAGGAGCUCCAGGGAGCAACGAGCAGUACAACGUGGGAAUGGUCGGGACACAUGGGCUGGAGACUUCGCAUGCAGACACCUUUGGCGGCAGCAUUUCCAGAGAAGGAACCUUGAUGAUCAGAGAGACGGCUGAAGAGAAGAAGCGAUCUGGACACAGUGACAGUAAUGGCUUUGCAGGUCACAUCAACCUCCCAGACCUUGUGCAGCAGAGCCAUUCCCCAGCUGGAACUCCCACCGAGGGACUGGGUCGUGUCUCCACCCAUUCCCAGGAGAUGGACUCUGGAACUGAAUAUGGUAUGGGAAGCAGCACCAAAGCCUCCUUCACACCCUUUGUGGAUCCCAGAGUGUACCAGACAUCGCCCACUGAUGAAGAUGAAGAAGAUGACGAGUCAUCAGCGGCUGCCCUGUUUACUAGCGAACUUCUUAGGCAAGAACAAGCUAAACUCAAUGAAGCCAGAAAGAUUUCCGUGGUGAAUGUGAACCCAACAAACAUCCGCCCUCAUAGUGACACGCCGGAAAUCAGAAAAUACAAGAAACGCUUCAAUUCCGAAAUACUUUGUGCAGCUCUGUGGGGUGUAAACCUUCUCGUGGGAACUGAAAACGGCCUGAUGCUUUUGGACAGAAGUGGCCAAGGCAAAGUCUACAACCUGAUCAACCGGAGGCGGUUCCAGCAGAUGGAUGUGCUAGAAGGACUAAAUGUCCUUGUGACGAUAUCAGGAAAGAAGAAUAAGCUCCGUGUUUACUAUCUUUCAUGGCUAAGAAACAGAAUACUGCACAAUGACCCAGAAGUGGAAAAGAAGCAGGGCUGGAUCACAGUUGGGGACUUGGAAGGCUGUAUACAUUACAAAGUUGUUAAAUAUGAGAGGAUCAAGUUCUUGGUGAUUGCCUUAAAGAAUGCAGUGGAGAUAUAUGCUUGGGCCCCUAAACCUUACCACAAGUUCAUGGCAUUUAAGUCUUUUGCAGAUCUUCAGCAUAAGCCUCUGCUUGUUGACCUAACAGUAGAAGAAGGUCAAAGGUUAAAGGUCAUUUUUGGCUCACACACUGGUUUCCAUGUAAUUGAUGUUGAUUCUGGAAACUCCUAUGAUAUCUACAUACCAUCCCAUAUUCAGGGCAAUAUCACUCCCCAUGCUAUUGUCAUCUUGCCCAAAACGGAUGGAAUGGAAAUGCUCGUCUGCUAUGAGGAUGAGGGGGUGUAUGUGAACACCUAUGGCCGGAUCACCAAGGACGUGGUUCUCCAGUGGGGAGAAAUGCCCACAUCUGUGGCCUACAUUCAUUCCAAUCAGAUAAUGGGCUGGGGCGAGAAAGCUAUUGAGAUCCGGUCAGUGGAAACAGGACAUUUGGAUGGAGUAUUUAUGCAUAAGCGAGCUCAAAGGUUAAAGUUUCUAUGUGAAAGAAAUGAUAAGGUCUUUUUUGCAUCCGUGCGAUCUGGAGGAAGUAGCCAAGUGUUUUUCAUGACCCUCAACAGAAAUUCCAUGAUGAACUGGUGACAGAAGAGCACUUGGCACUUAUCUUCAUGGCGUAAUUUCUAAUGAAAGACAGCUGACUUUGACCCUGGCUAUCCUUUCUUGUUUCAUGAAUCAUCUUCACAAACUCAGCUGCAGGAGUAGAAGAGAAGCUAUUACCCCGACCACGGAGAAAAGCAACAUUUCAAAACUAACUCAAGUGAUGGUCCUUUUUAAGCUGUUGUCAUUGCACCAAAAAUAAAAUCUACAGAUUUGGGGGUGUAAGGAGAGGACGCUUCAUUUUGUUUUAUGAAAUAAAUGUUUCAAAAUCACAACAGUCAAAGACCUUCUGCCAAAUGUAGCUUCAAACACACCUGAUGACAUUUGGGUCUUAGCAGUCCUUCGAGUGGCAGGAGUUCUGGGGCCUCUGGGCAGCCUCCUUUUCUGUUUGUAUAUACUCAACGUCGUUGAAUGUUGUUGCAUGGUUUCAUUGUAGGAUAUUGACACAUGCCUUCUAUGGAUUUAUUGUUUCACCAAGUCUUGUAAAAGGCACACCUUGUAGUACAAUUUGUUCAAUCGUGUAUUUAUUUCCUCCUUUAAUAAAAAAAGAUAUU